UUAAUAAUUAAAAAAAUGGAUAAAAAUAGGUAGAUCACGCCUACCCAAAACUAGCAUAGGAUAGAAGUAGAAGUAGAAGCAGAAUCAUAAUCGAUAAGCGAAAAGCUUUCCAACUUAUUUAAAAAAUGAAGGAAGACGAUGUUGUAACCUCUUCGAAGAAGAAGAAUCAUAAACCACAUUCUGCUGCUAGCUCUGCCGGAGCUUCAUCUCCGCCGUACGACACCACCGGAGAAGCUAGCCGGCGUGACAAAUCCAGCGCGGAUUCGUACAUGCUCAUUGCUUCAGCGCUGCACGGUGCUUCAAAUCCUUCGUGCAGACCAUGGGAACGCUGUGAUUUGCUUCGUCGCCUUUCCACUUUCAAAAUCGCCGGAAAAUUGCCCAAGGUUGGUGGUCCUUUAGCUUGUGCUAAAAGAGGGUGGGUAAAUGUUGAUGUUAGUAAGAUUGAGUGUGAGUUAUGUGGUGUGCAGUUAGAUUACGCGUUGCCCUCGGCUUCCUCGGCUGAAGAAGCUGAUGCUUCCAGUGAAGAACUUUCUAAACAGCUUGAUAGAGGACACAAAAUCAACUGUCCCUGGAGAGGUAAUAGCUGUCCAGAAAGCUUGGUGCAGUUUCCUCCUACCUCACAUUCAGCUCUUAUUGGAGGUUUCAAGGACCGGUGUGAUGGACUCUUGCAGUUCUACUCUCUUCCGAUUGUAUCUUCAUCUGCAGUUGAGCAGAUGCGGGUUACACAUGGCCCUCAAAUCGAUAGAUUUAUUGCUCAAUUGCAAAUUCAGACAGCUGGAGAAUUGGGGUACAGAGCAGAAACCAGCCUUACUGGAGAACAGGCUCCUCAUUCAUACUCACAUGCACAAAAGCUUAUAAGUCUCUGUGGAUGGGAGCCACGGUGGCUGCCUAAUGUGCUCGACUGUGGAGAACAGUCGGCUGAAUCUGCUAAAAAUGGGUACAACUCUGAUCCAGCCAAAGGCUCUGCACCAGGUCCGGCUCCAAGCAAGGAGUUUUCAAAUUCGUCCAGGAAAGAUACCGGGGAUAAUGAUGUACUGGGUUCAGAAUUUAAUUGUGAAUCUAGGUCACCUUUGUUAGAUUGUAGCUUAUGUGGAGCCACAGUUAGAAUAUGGGAUUUCUUGACUGCCCCCCGUCCAGUUCAUUUGACUCCCUGUGGGACCGAUACUCCUCAAACGAGCAAGAAAAUAGCAUCAAUGCGAGGAAUAAGUGCAGCUAGUGGUAUCAAUGAAUGGGCUGCUGCUGAUGGUGUUGAGAAAGAGAGAACUGGAGAUCGUGAUGAGGCGACAACAUCCGGUAAAAGGAAAUUAGUAUCCAAUAAAGGUUUGGAUUUAAAUCUUAAAAUGGCUAGUGGGCCACGUCGUUCUCUAAUAAAUGUGACUUCAACCUUAGAUCAUGUGCAAUAUGCUGGUGAAGGAAGCAAUUUAAGGAAUAGGGGCCCUUCAGGAAGUGAUGUUGGUGGUCCGGCAGCUUCUUAUGAAUCACAAGGCCCCAAUGUACGCAAGCGCAGGUUGGAUGAUGGUGCAACCAGAGCUGACAGGCCACCUCUAAGCAUGCAACAGGCUGAUAGUGCUGACAGAACUGUAGUUAACCAUGAUAAUAAUGAAAUCAGUGGUGGUCAGCAGUAUUCAGCUGGCCCAUCAAAGCGUGCCCGUGAUGCUAAUCAUUUAGAAACACUCCAGUUUUCAUUAAGAAAUACUUCUGGUGCUGUACCCAGCUAUUCAGCGAAUAUUCAAUCAGAAGCAGAGGAAAACACAGUUAACCAGUUGAACGCAGAGAAGGACCAUGUUACCAGCAUGCCAUUUACUAGAGAGUCCACUCAUGCAUCAUCUGUUAUUGCGAUGAAUGGGCGUUAUCACAGUUCAGAUGAUGAAUCAAUGGAAAGUGUUGAAAAUUCUCCUGCAGAUUUUAAUGAAGUCAAUUUCCCUUCUGUUGAUUUGAAUGAAACAUCAGAGUUGAAUAGCAGCUAUCAAGCGCAACAGAGUGCUUGUAACCAACCUCCUUUAGAAAGAACAGGAGGGGAAGCAGGUCUUAGCAGUUCAAAUGUUUGUGGGGAAGUUUUGAACACAGAGAUAUUGACUGCACAGGCUAGGGAUGGUCCUAGUUUUGGUAUUAGCGGCGGAAGUGUUGGUAUGGGUGCAAGUCACGAGGCUGAAAUCCAUGGGACUGAUGUCUCAGUUCAUCGAGUUGAUAGUUUGGGCGAUGCUGAGCAAAUUGCUGAAGUGAUCGAAAAUCACGGCCACGUUAGUGAAUUUACACCAUAUCAUGGACAUAAUGGCGAUUUUGUGCCAGAGGAAAUGAGUCGAGAAGAUCCUCAAGGGGAUAGUCAGGCUGUGGUAUCUCAGUCUACAGCAAGGGUUGAUAGUGGCUCAAAAACUAUAGCUUCAACCAAGGUCGAGUCUGUUGAAAGUGGUGAAAAAACCAGUUGUAGCAUGGAGACGCCAGGCCUUGAAAAUAGUGCGCAUCCGUCCCUUUCUUGCAAUGCUGUUGUAUGUUCUGCCUAUGAAGUGUCCAAGGAAGAAGUUGCUCAGACUGGGAAGCCAUCUUAUAUUGAUGAUGGGGCUCAUCCGUCUCUUUCUUGCAAUGCUGUUGUAUGUUCUGCCUAUGAAGUGUCCAAGGAAGAAGUUGCUCAGACUGGGAAGCCAUCUUAUAUUGAUGAUGGGGCUCAUCCGUCUCUUUCUUGCAAUGCUGUUGUAUGUUCUGCCUAUGAAGUGUCCAAGGAAGAAGUUACUCAGACUGGGAAGCCAUCUUAUAUUGAUGAUGGGGCUCAUCCGUCUCUUUCUUGCAAUGCUGUUGUAUGUUCUGCCUAUGAAGUCUCCAAGGAAGAAGUUACUCAGACCGGGAAGGAAUCUUAUAUUGAUGUUAGUACAUAUCAUGAAUCAGGCAAUUUAGAUGCCGAUGUUGUGGGGACUCCUUACAGAGACAACAGUAGUGGACGUGUUGAAUUUGAUCCAAUCAAAUUACAUAAUGACUACUGUCCUUGGGUGAAUGGAGUUGUUGCGGCUGCUGGCUCUGAUAGUCCUUGUUCCACUUCUGAUGUGGGUCCUGCAGCUCGUUGUGGCUGGCAGCUGACUUUGGAAGCCCUUGAUUCUUUCCAGUUGCUUGGGCAUCUUCCAGUGCAAACUCUGGAAUCCGAGUCGGCAGCAUCCAUGUGUAAGGGUGACCGGUUCACUUCCAGCCAGAAAUUGUUAGCGCGCAACUCCUUUGUAAGACACCAAGGAAAAAACUAAGACAUUCAGAAAGUUGUCACAAGUUUCAUUUCAGUUGAACUGUUUCUUCAGACUGAGUAUUAUUCCUUUAUCCCAAUUAAGGUUUUAUGUUUUUAAUCAAAUGUCUGUCCAAUUUUAAAUGUUCAUUUUGUUGUCAUAAUAUUUUGAUUAUUUAUUGGAUUUUGGUUUUGUAUUUUCUAGUUUAAUAAAAGUAUCAUUGGAAUUGACAUGUACAAAUUGUUAUUGGAUGAUAGAAAGUGAUAGCGGGUGAUGAAGUACCUUCAUUAUUAUUUAUUGCAA